AUGUAUCGGUGGAACGUAUUUAUUAAUUUUAUCGUUCUUUUUACUCUGAUCAACGCCUACAAUGACGACUGCUUCGUUAAUGAAGGCGGAUAUAUUUGCUGUGACCAUGACAUGGUAAAACUGAUGCAAAAUGUGAUGCAAGAGAGUGGUGGCUUGUUAAAUACAGCGAAAAAUAUUCAGACAAACGCGCGGUCGGGACAUGGCAAAUUUGAAACCGUCGUAGCCUUCGAUGAUUACGCUUACAAACAUCUUUUUAAGGUUAUAUUUCUUGCAUGGAAAGCAUGCAAGGUGUCGAAAAAUGGCAUACAAGCAAUUAACUGA